UGGCUGCUGAUCAAAUUUCAUGGCUUACAUGGAGCAUUCUUGAUCUCCUUUUGCCCGAUAAGACGUACCUCUGAGUCGAGGUGCCACCAUAUCAGAAGGCUUGCAAUGUGGCGGAACAGUCUUGGUCUAGGCCAGCAGAAAGUAGCUAGCCCCUUGAUAAAAAGGGGUACCAUGUGUCUUAUCUGUGCUGUUUGGAAUUCUUCGACUGAAUGCUCCUGCAGGACAGGAGCAUCCUUCAGCAACACAAACAUACUAACCCCUUACGUCAGGUCUGCAGCGAUAGAAAGCAACAGUAGCAUCAUAUUGAGAGGAACGAUGACAUCGCUAUUCAUGCGCAAGUCCUUGCACAGGCUACUGCCGAUAAGCAAGGGGAUCUGCAACAUUCCUAGAGCUGGAUCGAUUUAGAUUCUGGACCUGACUCCAUUCCAUGUUCAUGAGAGAAGGCUUGGUGGACCCUCUA